CUCUCUCUUCUCUCUCUCUCUCUCUCUACUUUCUCUCUCUCAUCAGCUCAUGGCAUGCGUCAGCCCGUGUAAGAUACAGCUUCGGAGACCUUCGGGGCAGCCCACUUCGAAUUCAGACCCGAUUCGUUUUGGAUUGCCUGCGCAUUCGUUUUCGAGAUCACAAGUUCGGAAAAAAUGGGUGAUGAGAUUUUCUGUUGGGAGUGGAGAAAGAUUGGGAAAUCUGCAUGCAAGGCGGAGGAGAGAGAGUGGGUUUGUGGUGGAGGAGGAUGAGAAGAAGAAGCGGAGGAGGGGUGGCGGUGCGGUGAGGUGUACGGCGGAGGGAUUAGAGAGGGAGCUGUUUGUGGGGAGGAGCAAAGGCGGAUUCAGGGCGGCGGAGAGGUUUAAGGUGGUGGCGAUGGUGGCGGCGGUGAUGUGUUUGUGUAAUGCAGAUAGGGUUGUGAUGUCUGUUGCCAUUGUACCUCUUGCUGCCAAACAUGGCUGGAGCAGUUCCUUCUUGGGCAUUGUUCAGUCAUCGUUCUUAUGGGGAUAUAUGUGUUCAUCGAUAAUCGGAGGAGCCUUAGUCGAUAAAUACGGAGGGAAAAAAGUAAUUGCAUGGGGUGCCGCUCUAUGGUCUCUAGCAACUCUCCUCACUCCAUGGGCGGCAAAUCACUCAACCGCUAGCCUCUUAAUUAUGCGUGCUUUCUUUGGAUUGGCCGAAGGCGUAGCUUUACCUUCAAUGAACAACCUUUUAUCUCGAUGGUUUCCGACGCAUGAAAGAGCGACAGCUGUUGGAAUAUCAAUGGGGGGAUUCCAGAUCGGGAAUGUGGUGGGGUUGGUUUUAACUCCGGUGAUGAUGUCAUCGAUCGGAAUUUCCGGGCCGUUUAUUCUUUUUACUUCUCUUGGACUUCUUUGGUUAGUUACUUGGAUUUUUAAGGUCACGAAUGACCCUCAAGAUUGCGCUUCUAUUAGUGACUCUGAAUUACGUUUAAUUCAAGCUGGAAAAUCCGAUUCUAAUGAAAUUAAGGCCAAGAUUCCAUCUCUAACCCUUCUACUAUCGAAAUUGCCGACGUGGGCAAUUAUUUUGGCUAAUGUCACUAAUAACUGGGGGUACUUCGUUCUUCUGUCGUGGAUGCCCGUUUACUUUAAAACUGUGUUUGAUGUGAAUCUGAAGCAAGCAGCUUGGUUUAGUGCAGUUCCGUGGGGAACAAUGGCAAUAUCCGGCUAUAUAGCCGGUGCAGCAUCGGAUAACUUAAUACAAUCGGGAUAUUCCAUUACAUCCGCGAGAAAAAUUAUGCAGUCGAUUGGAUUCAUCGGGCCUGGAGUUGCAUUGCUCUGUUUGAAUUACGUAAAAACACCGACGGUUGCCGCUGUAUUUUUAACAAUAGCACUGAGUUUAAGCUCUUUCAGUCAAGCUGGCUUUUUACUCAAUAUGCAAGAUAUUGCACCACAAUGUGCCGGAUAUCUUCACGGGAUUUCGAAUUCAGCUGGAACAUUAGCAGCAAUAAUUAGUACAAUCGGAACAGGAUUCUUCGUGCAGUGGCUAGGAUCUUUCCAAGCAUUCUUAACCCUCACGGCGUGCCUUUAUUUUGCUACGACCGUUUUCUGGAAUUUGUACGCAACUGGAGAAAGAGUCUUUUAGAUGGAAUGAAUGAGAUCACUUUUUUCAUAUAAUUGAAAAUUUAAUGAAAUUAUA